AUGUUGCGUAGUGUCCUAUCCCGCUUUCCAUCGAGAAACUCGCUUUCCACCCUGCAAGCUUCACCACAAUCACCCAAGGAAGCCCGAAAGUGGGUUAGCCGUAAUUGGCCAGGGAAACCUUUACAGCAUCCAACUAAAGUCCCCCAGCAACCGCACCGACUCGUAUUGCUGGCAGACCCAUCAUCCAUUACAAUCAACCAACAAACGGUGCAACUGCUUGAAAGGUUGUCACUUGUAAAUCUGGAUAGCAAACAAGCAUUGGAAACGUUACAGGACUCAAUCGAGUUCGCGUCGCGUAUCAUUCCCAUCGAUACAGACGACGUGGAACCGUUGUACAGUGUGCUGGAGCGGGAAAAGCUUGCACUGCGUACCGACACCGUCGAUGACGGGGACCGGCAGACCGAGGUACUGCAAAACGCGGCCCUGGUGGAGGAGGAAUACUUCGUAGCACCGCCUGGAAACAUUCCGCUCGAACAGGCAGGACAAUCGUAUCUUUAG